CUUGAGUUCUUCUUAACUUGCUGGUGCUCAGCCUCCUCAUGCCUCCAUCUCCUUUAGACGACAGGGUAGUAGUGGCACUUUCAAGGCCAGUGAGACCUCAGGAUCUCAACCUUUGUUUAGACACUAGCUGUCUUGAAUCUGCCUCUUCUGCUGGUGAGAGCCGCUCCGGUCUGCUUGGCGCAGCUGUCGUGUCCCUGAAGACUGCUAAUCUCACGUAUAUGCCCUCAUCCAACGGCUCUGCACGCUCCCUGAGUUGUGGAUGCAGCAGUGCCAGUUGCUGCACAGUGGCAACGUACGACAAGGACGCACAGGCCCAAACUCAAGCAAGCACCAGCGCUGGAGCCUCCACCACCUGUCCUGCCAACCAGAUGGUCAACAGCAAUGAGAACGCUGGCAGCUUGAGCCCCCUGGGUGGAGUUGGGAGCCCGGUCUCGGGCACCACCAAGCAACUCGCUAGCAUAAAAAUAAUUUACCCCAAUGACCUGGCGAAGAAGAUGACCAAAUGCAGCAAGAGCCACCAACAGAACCAGGGGCCUGUCAUCAUUGACUGCAGGCCAUUCAUGGAGUAUAAUAAGAGCCACAUUCAAGGGGCUGUCCACAUUAACUGUUCUGACAAGAUCAGCCGGAGAAGGCUUCAGCAGGGCAAGAUCACAGUCUUGGACUUGAUCUCCUGCCGGGAAGGCAAGGACUCCUUCAAGAGGAUCUUUUCCAAAGAAAUCAUAGUUUAUGAUGAGAACACCAAUGAGCCAAGCAGAGUAAUGCCUUCCCAACCACUGCACAUAGUGCUGGAGUCACUGAAGCGAGAAGGCAAGGAACCCCUAGUCCUGAAAGGAGGACUCAGUGGUUUCAAGCAGAACCAUGAAAGCCUCUGCGAUAACUCUCUCCAGCUACAAGAGUGCCCGGAGGGGGGAGGAGGGGGCGGUGCCUCUGCUGUGCCCCCCACGCUACCUCAGUCCAUCCCUACCACGCCAGACAUCGAGAAUGCUGAGCUCACUCCUAUCCUGCCCUUCCUCUUCCUUGGAAACGAGCACGAUGCUCAGGACUUGGAGAAAAUGCAGAGGAUGAACAUAGGCUACGUAAUCAAUGUGACCACCCACCUGCCCCUGUACCAUUAUGAGAAAGGCAUGUUCAACUACAAGCGGCUCCCAGCCACUGACAGCAACAAGCAGAAUCUCAGGCAGUAUUUUGAAGAGGCUUUUGAGUUUAUUGAGGAAGCUCAUCAGUGUGGAAAAGGUCUCCUCAUCCACUGCCAGGCUGGUGUCUCCAGAUCUGCCACCAUAGUUAUCGCGUACUUAAUGAAGCACACGCGCAUGACCAUGACAGAUGCCUAUAAAUUUGUCAAAGGCAAACGACCAAUCAUUUCCCCUAACCUUAACUUUAUGGGGCAGUUACUGGAGUUUGAAGAAGAUCUAAACAACGGUGUAACACCACGAAUCCUCACACCAAAGUUGAUCGGCGUAGAGACUGUUGUGUGACAGCCAAGCUGCAAGGAGGUGAUCAAUGAAGGAGUUAACCUAUUCUGCACCUGAUUUGAGGCAGUGAUGGGUGGGUUGUGGGUUUUUCUUUUUAGCUUUUGAGGGGGGGAGGGGUGGCAAUAUUUUUGUGAAUUAAAAAAAUCCCAUAUUUUUUUUUUGUAAGGAAAGAUUUUUAAGAGAUCCAAGAACUUUGCCAUGUUUGGGAUGCUGUUGUGAUUUCCUUCCCAGAUGGUGGCAGAGCAGGGAGGCUUUGGAUCAAAAGAAGUACUUUUUAAAAUCAGAAGAAGAUAUAUUGGGCACUUUU